CUCUGGUCCCUGCUUCCAACCUCAUGCAUUCUGUUCUUCUCUCUCUUUCUCUACCUUUCUGUGAAUUUCUGUUGCAUUAAUUUUCUCUACAGAAAGAGAAAAAAAAAGAGCUUCCACAAUGGUGAGCGCUGCAAUUGCUCGUAACGUCGUCGGCGUAAUAGGCAAUAUCAUCUCCUUUGGCUUGUUCUUUUCACCUGCUCCAACUUUCUAUGGAAUCGUAAAGAAGAAGACGGUGGAGGAGUUCAAGCCAGAUCCUUACAUAGCAACGGUGUUGAAUUGUGCGUUUUGGGUAUUCUAUGGAAUGCCUUUUGUGCACCCAAACAGCAUUUUAGUUGUCACUAUCAACAGCGUUGGGCUUGCGUUCGAGUUUGUCUAUCUUACCAUAUAUUAUGUCUAUGCUACCAGCAAAGGACGGAAAAAGCUACUGAUUUUUCUUCUCAUCGAGGCUGUUUUCUUUGCUGCCGUUGUUCUUAUAACAAUGCUGGCACUGCAUGGCACUCGCCAAAGGUCGUUAGUGGUUGGUGUUCUAUCUGAUAUCUUCAAUGUUAUGAUGUAUGUCUCCCCUCUAACAAUUAUGGCAAAGGUUAUAAAAACUAAGAGCGUAAAAUACAUGCCAUUCUGGCUCUCUCUGGCUAACUUCCUUAAUGGUGUGAGUUGGACAACAUAUGCUCUCAUCCACCCAUUUGACCUUUAUGUCCUGAUCAGCAAUGGUAUCGGAGCAAUCUCUGGGCUUAUUCAGCUUAUAUUAUAUGCUUGCUAUUGCUCUUGCAAGAGUGAAAAUGAUGAGGGUGGCGAUCAAGACUUGAAACCAUCUGGGGUUCAGCUCUCUAACUUAAAUGGAAGAGCUGCAGUCUGAUGACACAUGCAUCAACAUCCAUUAAUCCUUUCUUUUUCUUUUACUCCUUCUUGACCUUAUAUUUCUAUCUGUCCUUUAAAUUUUAAUGUCAAAUAUGACAUUUAUAUAUAGAUAUAGAUAUGCAUAUGAUGCAUACUUAUAGUUAAGCACUAGUUUGAAUUUUCAUUUUCAACUUUUGGAAUUGUAGACUGGAAUAUGUUCAUAUUUGCUCCAACCAUGAUUCCCAACUAAGAGUGAGAUCUUUACCAAAGCAA